CAGGAAGCGGCUGUGCUGGGAGCUGUCCCCGGUUCUCCGCUCUGCUCCCGAGGGUGCCUCCCGGGGUCCCUACACUGCGGCCCCCUCGACCCGCGCGGUCCCUGCCCCGACCUAAGCUCUGGCCCGGGCCAGUCACUCCGGGGCCGCCAUGUCUUCCGACUUCGAAGGCUACGAGCAGGACUUCGCAGUGCUCUCUGCAGAGAUCACUAACAAGAUUGCGAGGGUCCCGCGACUCCCGCCUGAUGAGAAGAAACAGAUGGUUGCAAAUGUGGAGAAACAGCUUGAAGAAGCAAAAGAACUGCUUGAACAGAUGGAUUUGGAAGUCCGAGAGAUACCACCCCAAAGUCGAGGAAUGUACAGUAACAGAAUGAGAAGCUACAAGCAAGAAAUGGGAAAACUCGAAACAGAUUUUAAAAGGUCACGGAUCGCCUACAGUGACGAAGUACGGAAUGAGCUCCUAGGGGAUGGUGGGAAUUCCUCAGAGAACCAGUUGAUAAAAUUACGUGAAGAGAGGGCACAUCUGCUCGAUAACACAGAGAGGCUGGAAAGGUCAUCUCGGAGACUAGAGGCUGGAUACCAAAUAGCAGUGGAAACCGAGCAAAUUGGCCAGGAGAUGUUGGAAAACCUCAGUCAUGACAGAGAAAAGAUACAGCGAGCACGUGAAAGACUUCGGGAAACAGACGCUAACUUGGGGAAAAGCUCCAGGGUUCUGACAGGGAUGCUGCGAAGACCAGUAACAGAACUUACCUUGGAGAGCCCUGAGUCAUAUGCCUUAGUUCUGAUUUCCAGCAUCUUCCUCAGCUCUGUCGAAUCAUCCAGAACCGCAUCCUGAUGGUCAUCCUGGGGAUCAUCUUGGUUAUCACCAUCCUGAUGGCAAUCACUUUUUCUGUCAGAAGACACUGAUGUAUCUGCUCCCCCUUGAUAAACAGCAACAACGGCUUGUUCUGAGUAAUUAAGACAAAGUGGUCCCAUGAAUCAUUCUUCUGUGCUGACAGGCCCUGGGUGACCCUCUCUCUCCCUCACCACUGUUCAGCUGAAGUGCAAAGAGUGUAAAAAUAUUUUCUAUUCCUGUUUGCAUGUGGGUUGGUUUCCUUUCCCAGGUUUGUCUUCACCCAGAUGUGUUUUUUAGAGGGGAAGGUGAAUGUUUAUUUGCCUUUUGGUAAUUUCAUGUACAGACCAAAAUAGGCUUGGUGAUACUCUUCCUUGCCCUGUGGACAUAUCAGGAGUCAUGGUUUAGGAGAGGGAAUGAUGAAUCCAUCACGGGAGCUUCUGCUUGUCACAUACCUCUUGUCACUGAAAAGUACUUCUGUGACAUCCAAGGAUAAAAAUGCAGAGAAAAGCAGAGGCCAGAGCCAGUGACCCACUCCAGCAAACCAGCCCUAUUCCUACCCAGGCAUAAUGAACAUAGUCAACCUUCCUGAGCGCUUUCAUUGCAAAGGUGGGUAUUUAAUGUCAGUUGUACAGGAAAUUGACUUAGCACUUUCCCGGUUUUUCUGUUGCAUAAUUUUUUUUUUAGCCUGAGAAUAUUUUUGCUGAGCCUGCCCAAUAUCCUCCUUUUACAACUUUGAUUACUGGCUACGAGAAGUAUUUUCUUGCCUUCCCAGAGUGCUACACUCCCCAGAAUUUGCUGGCGAAGUGAGCCCUGGCACGAUAUUUAAUUGUGACCUCGUCUUCCCUGACCUGUGUAAGCAUCUCUGUAUCCUUUCGGUUUUAAUAUUUGCACUUCCAAAAGCAGCCCUCAUACAUGCAAAAGGUCUGACAAGGUUCUCUCCACAUCCAUUCCAGUAUGUAAAGAGAACAUGAAUAUUUCAGUAAGAGCAAGAACAUGACUCUGUCAGUGUGAAAUUUCAAAUGUGAUUAUAAAUAUGGGAGAGUCCUAUAGGAUGAUACAUGAGAAAUAAACUAUGAAAAAUGUUCACUAACCUCCUUAAAAAGAAUAAGAGAUUGCAGAUUGCUGCAAAAGGACGGCUUGGGUUUUUUUUACUAAGAAAUGUUAGCACAGCCUCCCUGAAUUCACGACGUAUUCAAACCUCUAAAAUGCUUUGUGAUUUUCUUUCAUUUCUUUCUGUCUGAGGUAACCAGGAAAUGCGUUCAAAAUGAUCAGGCUUAAAAGUUGCUCAAGCUGAGGUUGUUUUCCCCCUAGUCAUAAAGCAAAAUGUGUUUUUCUUAAGACUUCAUAGGCACUUAUGCUCCGUCAUAGGAACUUACAGGGCCAUACUAUCUUUUGAAUAUAAUUGGAAGCUUUGAACCCUUGAAAAGCAAACCUGUUCUCUUCAUAAAAAAUGCUAACCACCUGUGCCCAUGGAUCGAGAUCACCCAGAUGCAGCACUUAAUUUUUUUCCCAGCUCAGAAGCAAGCCAUUAUGGUUUAGAGUGGAAAUGCAGAAGAGCAAAAUCCACCUGAGAAAUCGUACUUAUCGAAACAGGCCAGGGCCUGCAUGUGUUCAGAUAAAUCAUUUAGUAUUGUGUAAAUAAAGCUGCAGCCUUUACUUCGGAGGGAUGGUGUGGAAUUUUGGCUGAGCAAAGUAGGACAGAAAAGGAACGAAGGAGCAGGAAGCUGUGCUAAUUUUCCCAUCAAAUUAAGGGAUGCAUCUUAGCAAGAAUCUUGUGUUCUGCUAACGGAAUUCUGUAUGUGCCAAACAGGUCUAAGAAACCAGUAAGAAACAAGGAAACAAACACAUAACCCCCUUCUCAUUCGGAAAUACUAAUAGCCACGAAGUAUAAUACCAACCCCUCUGGUGGCUUCUAGGAAACUGUUGAUCUUAGCUAAAAUGUAGAAUCGGUUACUGAGCUACACUCCCCACCUCCAUCUCAUCUACUAGUCACAGACUCUUCCCAAGGCCACCUCGGUUGGCCUGAUAAUCAAAGUUGAUCUGAUCAUCUAAACUUGCCAGCUCCUAAAUAUCUCACUAAACCUUGUGUUCACGUCAAAGUAGACAAAAUAAGAAAGGAGUGCUCACCUCUCCUCAACCUUUUUUCUUCUGAGUUCUAUGUCUUUAUCAGCCUUUGCCUGUGAUAUUGCCCAAUUCAACCUGGGAAGUGGAAGAAUAUUAGCAGAUAACCCUCAGCCCUUGGCCUAACGGCUCCAUCAAACCACCUCGAGAGCGACCACCUAGACCAGGCUAGUGAGGAAACUGGUCUGAGGGCCCUGAACCCCUUCUGGGCUCUCCUGGAUGAUGCCAGAAAGACCCAAAG